AUGGGUCAGGACGGCGAGGUGCCCUCCGACUACCAGUCCUUCGUCUUGGUUACCGCCUCGUCGCUCAUUUUCGCCGUCAACCUGCAGAUCUCUCUGGACACAUUGUAUUGGACCUUUGUCAGCUGUUUCGCCGUUCUGGGCAGCAUCGCCAUCUACUUCGGCAUCAUGUUUGACAUCCACAGCGCCGGGAUCCACGUCAUCUUCCCCGCGUGUUCAACUUCACAGGUCGGCUCUCUGAGCCAUCCUCAGCUUCACUGACGCCGAGUGUGUGUGUGUGUGUGUGGCAGAGGAACCUGCUAACCAGAGUGUGUGUGUAGCAGAGGAACCUGCUAACCGGAGUGUGUGUGUGUAGCAGAGGAACCUGCUAACCGGAGUGUGUGUGCCUGCAG